ACAAAAAUGAAGACUGCCACCAAUAUCUAUAUUUUCAAUCUUGCAUUGGCAGAUGCCCUAGCAACAAGUACUCUGCCAUUCCAGAGUGUGAAUUACUUGAUGGGAACAUGGCCGUUUGGUACCAUCCUUUGUAAGAUUGUUAUAUCCAUAGACUACUACAAUAUGUUCACUAGUAUCUUUACACUCUGCACCAUGAGUGUGGAUCGCUACAUAGCUGUCUGCCACCCAGUUAAGGCCCUUGAUUUCCGUACCCCCAGAAAUGCAAAAAUUGUCAACAUCUGCAACUGGAUUCUUUCUUCUGCCAUCGGCCUGCCAGUUAUGUUCAUGGCAACUACUAAAUACAGGCAUGGCUCUAUUGACUGCACACUUACAUUCUCCCACCCUGCAUGGUACUGGGAGAACCUCCUGAAAAUCUGUGUGUUCAUUUUUGCCUUCAUCAUGCCAGUCCUGAUCAUUACAGUGUGCUAUGGGCUGAUGAUCUUACGCCUGAAGAGCGUUCGCAUGUUAUCUGGCUCCAAAGAGAAGGACAGGAACCUGCGGAGAAUCACGAGGAUGGUGCUUGUAGUGGUGGCGGUGUUCAUCGUCUGCUGGACUCCCAUCCACAUCUAUGUCAUCAUUAAAGCCCUGGUCAACAUCCCAGAAACUACUUUCCAGACUGUCUCCUGGCACUUCUGUAUUGCUCUAGGGUAUACAAAUAGCUGCCUUAAUCCAGUCCUUUAUGCAUUUCUAGAUGAGAAUUUCAAAAGGUGUUUCAGAGAGUUCUGCAUCCCCACUUCCUCAACCAUUGAGCAGCAAAACUCCACCCGAGUCCGACAAAACACUCGUGACCAUGCUUCCACUGCCAACACUGUGGACAGGACUAACCAUCAGUUGGAACUUCAAGAAGCUGCAACUACUCCACUGCCGUGACAGGCUCUCCUGCCGCAUAGCUCUCAAAGCAAUUGCACAGCAGUGCCACGGUGUGUCUGGGCAGUAUGUGAUGGGAAUGUGUAGGAUACGCUUUCCCUCAAAA